UUUCUUAAACAUCUAAAUCAAACCUAUAUUUCUAGAUUGAAAACCAAAAUAAACCGAACCCAAUCAAUAUCCGAAAUGUCUAUGCUUAGUUUAUCCUAUGAUCGAAAAAUGAUGGAAUGCAAGAGUAUGUGUACCAUUAACAAAGAACUGUCUAGGCAAUUUGUAACUUUUAUUGUUUUGUUACGUUUGAAUUCUACUGUUCAAUCAGUGAAAAAACAUAUAAAUUUUUGGUUUGCAGUCUUAUCGCCGAGGAAAACCAUUUGGGCGACAUAGUUUUAACAAUGGUAGUUAUCUAUUCCUUUCCUCAGAUGUAUCUACUGGAGUGAGGUUUUUUUUUUUUUAAUGUAUGUUGAUCAAAUCAAAAGAAGCUGAAGCGUCCCUUUUCUCCAGGAGCUAAAGGAAUGGUGAAUCGUACUCCUGAUGUAAUUAUUCCGACAUGAACUCUCUUCUGUUUUUAUUAUGUUUCUAAUCCUAUUCCUGGGGUAAUUAAUUAUUCCGACAUGAACUCUCUUUUGUUUUUAUUAUGUUUCUGAUCAAUAUGUCUGUUCCGAACAUUGCAGAACCCAGUUGUAAUACGUGGCUUUAGCGCACCUGGCCUAGCACUCUUUUUUGGAUUUACUAGCUACAUGAUCUGGCGUAAUGUUUAUUUAUUUCAAAUUGAUCUAUAACUUUUAUUGUUUUUUGUUUGUGUGGUUCUUUCUUAACUGAUUUGGGGUCAAAAUCAUUAUUUAUCUCUCAGAAAUGGUUGAGAAUGUUCGAAUCACAAAACCUACAAAGAAGUGUACCGAAUAUCUCAACGAAGCCUGUCUGAGGAACGCCCGUGUUUCUGAAGGAUACAAGGAGAUAUCCAGGCUCAUCGGUAAAGAAAAGGAUGAAGCUGAUGAUGAGGAUGAGGAUGAGGAUGAGGAUGAGGAUGAGGAUGAAGAUGAAUCUGAACUCUCAGGGAAGAAGGUAGAAGAAGAUAUGGAAAUGCCAUGGUGGUGUGGUUCUGCUUGAGAAGAAUUUUGAGAUAGAGAUUGAGCUCUGAUUUUUUCAUUGUUGCUCAGUUUUUUUUUCUUAAAAACUCUGAAAACACAGAACACUCUAAAACAAAGAGGCAGUCACUGUAUAAAGUUACAGACGUUUUUUUGGUUUCAAUAAAUCCUUACAUUCAAAAAAAAAAAAGCUGAAGCUAAAGCUAAUAUUAAGGAUGAAUAUUUGGAACUUAAGUUUCCUUCAAGUUAUUAUAGUUUUUAAGUAUGGUUGUUUCUAGUUGAUAAAUUUCGUUUGGGAUUCAUGAUGUGAUUGUUCUUUUGUUGGAUACCCUGCCAUUAGUAAACUGAGAGUUUGGCAACUGAUAUUUAAUUAUAUAUGUUUGGUUAUUAAUAAUAACUCACUCUAAGAAGCUGAACCAGCUUCCUUUGUUCUCAAGGCUGGUCAAGUUGCUGUACCAACAGCUGCU